ACAGAGGGAGAGAGAGCUGGAGAUGACACACAGAUCUUACUGCCUCAAACUGGAAACAAUACAUAUCACUCCCAUUCAGAGACCAUUGACCCUUGAUGAUAUUAUGGCCCCAGCUUAACUCCGAGGGAGGUUGGAAAUAUUCUGACAUCUAUGAAUGUUUGAUGAACAUUAAGAAUCUCUGUCAUAUCCUAACACUUUUGCCUCCUUAUUUCCUCCCCUAUAGGACAGAACCCCAGAGCAGCCCCAUGGUCCCAGCUCAGGAUGGACCCUCGGAAAAGCUGAGCCAGCCUCUGGCCACUGACGUCUUGGGCUCCAACAGCUGGGAGAGAGGCAAAGCCUGCCAGGAGGCCAGUCCUGCCAGAGCACACAGUGCCUCCCAAGGCAAAGACUUGACGCCACCCCCUUCCUCCAGGGGGAAGAAGAAAAAGAAGAAAGCUACCCGGAAGAAGAGAAGGAGGUCCCCAUCAUAUAGCCCAUCGCCUGUCAAGAAAAAGAAGAAGAAAAGUUCCAAGAAACAUAAGAGACACAGGUCAUUCUCCAAGAAGAGAAGGCACAGCUCCUCCAGCCCAAAAAACAAAAGAAAGGAAGAGAAGAGGCACAAAAAACAAUCGCGAAGCCGGCCCCGAAAGUCUCACCGCCACCGUCACCACCACUGCCCCUCGCGGUCCCAGAGUUCAGAGUCCCGCUCCUCAAGCUGUGACAGCAGGCACCGUGGCCAGUCCCCCGAGGAAGGGCGGAAGUCCCGCCGAAGGCACUCUCGCCGCUGCUCCAAGACCUUCUGCAAGGCCAGCCCUGAGGCCCGGUCCAGCCCCCCGCCCAGCCAGCCCCUCCAGAUGCUCAGCUUCCUGUCGGCCAGGGGUGUAGUAAGUAUUCCGCACAGCCUCCUCCGCCAGUCUGGGCCGUGA